AUGCUUAUUACUACAAACAAGGAUCAACCCCCAUGUAAAAGAUCAUGGUUAUCAUACUCUCCUGCUCUGAACAAAGUGUUCUGUGUGACUUGUAAAAUGUUUGGUUUACCCAAAGCAAAAAGAUUGUUAAUUGCUUCCCAGGGUACAAAUGAAUGGUCUAAUAUUAAAAGAAAUAUUGAACAACAUGAGUUGCUACCAGAACAUUUACAGUCUAAAAUGAGUAAAGCACUUUAUACCAAUAACCAUAGAAUUGAUUUAAAAAUGGUACACGGAACUAAUAAACAAGUAGCUGAAAAUCGUGAAAUUGUAAAGGUAGUCAUUAAUGCAUUAUUGUAUACUGCUCGACAAAACAUUGCUCUUCAAGGCCAUAAUGAGCACAAAUUAUCUAACAAUAGAGGGAAUUUUCUUGAACUAAUUAAUUUAAUGGAAAGUAUCAUCCAGUUCUCAAUUUGCACCAUCAAAAAAUAA